AUGGCCUUGGCCGUCACCCCAGUGAUUGACUGGUGGUUCUACGACAGUAUCUACACCAAACAGUACAUGUCUACGCCCGCGUUGAAUCCGUUCGGCUAUCAGAACUUGGCUGUCAGUUGGGUCGAAGGGUUCGGGAGCUUGAGCUUCUCUCUGGACCAUUGUUCUGCUGGAGAUAAUGCUCAUUUCCUCUAUACGGCAAGUCUCGAGCAUAACGAUGACCGGGGUGCUUCAGGCGGUCGAAUUCUGGUCCACUUACUCAGAGCCAACGGAAAGAGAGUGCCAGCACUUUGCCAAGGUCGCCCUUCGGAAAUUAUGCCAAUCUUGCUCACCCUCCUUACCCGACAGAAUGACGAUGCAGACGAUGACAAAUGGAACGUCAGCAUGGCGACCGGAACGUCGCUCGCCCCACUCGCCCAAACUGUUGCUGAUGCAUUAGUGACGCCGGUGAUCCUACGAGAUGCAGCCUGCAUCAUAGCCUUCGGCUCAAUCCUUGACGGGCCAGAUCCUAAAAUGUUGCACCCACUCGUCUCACAGGCCCUACCGACCCUGAUUGAAAUCACACAGGAUCCGUCGAUUGAUUUCAAGGAUACCGCUGCCUGGACGUUGGGUAGAGUGACCGAUCAACUGAUUGGCACCAUCAAGCCUGACGUCCACCUCUACCGACUGUUAUGCCACUGCUAA